GGCGUACCUGGUGGUGGCGUAGGUGGACUACCUGGUGGCGGCAUAGGUGGACUACCUGGAGGCGGCAUGGGCGGACUACCUGGAGGUGUUGGAGGAGCUGGUGCUGGAGCCAAGCCUGGGAAAAUCCCUGGUGUUGGAAUUCCAGGAGUCUUCCCUGGAGGUGUACUUCCUGGCACAGGGAUCCGCUAUCCUGGUGUAGGAGUCUUGCCAGGUGUGCCAACUGGAACAGGUGUCAAACAAAAAGUCCCAGGGGCCGGAGCCGGAGCCUUUGCUGGGAUCCCUGGACUUGGAGGACUUGGAGGUGGACAGCAGCCAGGGCUACCUCUGGGUUAUCCCAUCAAGGCACCAAAACUCCCAGGUAGUUAUUAUGGUCUGCCUUAUGGUGCUGGCAAGCUGGCUUUCGGUGGGCCAGGUGGUGCAUUUGCUGGAGGAGCUGCAGGGAAGGCUGGCUAUCCAACAGGCACAGGUGUAGGAGCUCAGGCAGCUGCUGCUAAAGCAGCUGCAAAAUAUGGCGCUGGAGUUUUGCCUGGGACAGGUGGCAUUCCUGGAGUUGGGGCACUUGGUGGAGCAGGAUUGUUGCCUGGUACUGGGGGUGUUCCAGGAGCAGGUGUGGGUGGACCAGCAGCAGCAGCAGCAGUAGCUGCCAAAGUAGCUGCCAAAGCAGCAGCUUACGGUGGCAGAGCUGUCCCUGGAAUUGGAGUGGGUGGUGUCGGCGUUGGUGGAGUUCCAGGUGUUGGUGGAGUUCCAGGUGUUGGUGGAGUUCCAGGUGUUGGUGGAGUUCCUGGUGUUGGUGGACUUCCAGGUGUUGGUGGAGUUCCUGGUGUUGGUGGACUUCCAGGUGUUGGUGGACUUCCAGGCGUUGCACCAGGAGUUGGUGUGGGAGGAGUGAGUCCAGCAGCAGCAGCGGCAGCAGCAGCAGCUGCUAAAGCAGCAAAAUACGGGCUGGUUCCAGGUGGCGUUGGCCCUGGUGGCGUUGGCAUUGGUCCUGGUGGCAUUGGCGUUGGUCCUGGUGGCAUUGGCGUUGGUCCUGGUGGUGUUGGCAUCGUCCCAGGUGGCGUUGGCGUCGUUCCAGGUGGCGUUGGCGUCAUCCCAGGUGGCAUUGGCGUCAUCCCAGGUGGCGUUGGCGUUGUCCCUGGUGGUGUUGGCAUCGUCCCUGGUGGUGUUGGUGUUGGUGUUGGUCCUGGUGGUGUUGGCGUUGUCCCUGGUGGCGUUGGCGUUGUCCCUGGUGGUGUUGGUGUUGGUCCUGGUGGUGUUGGAGUUGUCCCUGGUGGCGUUGGCGUUGUCCCUGGUGGCGUUGGUGUCGGCCCUGGUGGUGUUGGCAUCAUCCCAGGAGCUGGAACAUCAGCAGCAGCAGUGGCAGCAGCAGCCAAGGCAGCAGCAAAAGCAGCAGCGUAUGGAACUGGGGUAGUACCUGGCAGACUUGGGCCUGGUGGAGUUGGAGUGGGACCUGGUGGAGUUGGAGUGGGUCCUGGUGGAGUUGGAGUUGGAGUGGGACCUGGUGGAAUUGGAGUGGGACCUGGUGGAGUUGGAGUUGGAGUGGGACCAGGUGGAGUUGGAGUGGGACCUGGUGGACUUGGGCCUGGCGGACUGGGACCUGGUGGACUGGGACCUGGUGGACUGGGACCUGGCCAGAUAGCUCCAGGAACUUCUGCGGCCGCUCUAAAAGCAGCUGCCAAAGCAGCAAGAUACGCAGGAGCUGGGGGAGCAAGAGGUCUUGUGCCUGGAGGAGGGGUUGGCGGCCUGGUCCCUGGCGUUGGUGGUGUUGGCGGCCUGGUCCCUGGCGUUGGUGGUGUUGGCGGCCUGGUCCCUGGCGUUGGUGGUGUUGGCGGCCUGGUCCCUGGCGUUGGUGGUGUUGGCGGCCUGGUCCCUGGCAUUGGUGGAGUUGGUGGCCUGGUCCCUGGCGUUGGUGGCCUGGUGCCUGGUGCUGGAACUGGACUUGUGCCUGGCAUUGGAGGAAUCCCAGGAGUUGGAGUACCUGGGUCUGCAGCAGCAGCAGCAGCAGCAGCCAAAGCAGCAGCCAAAGCAGCUAAAUAUGGUGGUGGAACAGGUGUCCUUCCUGGAGGUGGUGUCCUUCCUGGAGGUGGCAUUGUGCCUGGAGGUGGUGUCCUUCCUGGAGGUGGUGUCCUUCCUGGAGGCGGCGUUUUGCCUGGAGGUGGUGUCCUUCCUGGAGGUGGUGUCCUUCCUGGAGGCGGUGUUGUGCCUGGAGGUGGUGUCCUUCCUGGAGGCGGCGUUGUGCCCGGGGGCAGAGUUCCUGGUGCAGGCAUUCCCCUAAUUGGAGGACAAGCAGGAGUCAAACCACCUAAAUACGGUGUCCCAGGAACUGGACUGGGUGGAACUGGCGUGGCAGGCAUUGGAGGAGGAUAUGGUGUCCCUGGACUGGGAGGAGCCGGUCUUGGAGGUGGUGCUGGAGUUGGAGGUCUGAUACCUGCAAAUGGCCCUGGUUUUGGAUUAUCUCCCAUUUACCCAGGUGGAGGCGUACCUGGCUAUGGAGGUAAACCCCCCAAGCCCUAUGGAGUCCUGGGGGCACUUGGCUACAAAAGAGGAGUCGGCCGGAAGAGGAAGUAGCCCAGACCAACGGCCUACCAUUCACCUCAUGAACUUUGGUGCUACUGCCUGGUCUCGAAUGUACCCCCCCACCCCCGAGAAAAGCAGAGAUUCCACCACCACCGCUGCCAACACAGCCCCGUGCCUUGCCACCCCCGGCCGGCCCCCCUCCCUCUCAUUGGUGCUACAACCAUCCCCCGGGGAGCAUCCCUGCCUUCAGCUCCCUGGGGCCCUUUGGUGCUGCAGCCUAGGAGGGCUGCUUUCAGAGGGGGCGGCCUGAGCACUUUAACCCGCUCCUGAGCCCUGCGCCUACAAGCGGGGGGACAGGAGCCGCCGGCCAGUUGGCCCUGCUUCUUCCCUGGUCUCUCUCUGCAGGCUCCUCUUUGGAUCUAAGUGUGUGUGGGGGGACGCCCCUAGUUUUGCCGUGAGCCCCUUGCCAGGCCAUUCUUCCCUUCCCCCAACACACUGCCUCCGUAUGGGGGGGAGCAGCUCAGGCCAAGCUGUCAGUGCCAAUGGGAUUAGCUUUAAUCCUGCAGCUUCUGCUGGCUGCCAGGCCCGGGUGGAUUAGCACGGCCAGGCCACAGCGUCCAGCAUACCUAACGUGGGCGCCGGCAUCACAUUGUCCAGCUCCCAAUGAACGGGCUGGCCAGGGACCCCUGUACAUGACCAGCCGACCUGCUCCACAUCUUCAUGUUUAAUCACUUUGAUGUAACUGGGAUGGGACACUUUUUAUAAAGAAGAACAGUAACUGCUUUCCAAAAAAUAAAAUAAAUAAAACCUGACUAAUAAAUAAUGUUUUAAAGGUAA